CGUUGCAAGCGUUCGGGGAUGCGCAACAUGAACGAAUCGCGGACUGGUCUAGCGACUAUAAGAGGGACGCCGCGCGUCGCGACGCCACACAAUCUCCAGUUUGUUCUGACGCCAACUCCACGCGCUCUUCCCCCCUACGUUUUAAGAGGAUCGCAAAGCGACGAAGAGAAGACGAAAACAGGAAGAGAAAUAUUCCUCGCAACGGGUACUUUGUAUCUUUCAACGUAUACAUCAUUUCCGGAUUCUUGAGAUUUCAUCAGAAAAAUGUUCUUAAAUGGGUCUUUGUAUUGUUUCGCGAGGUUGUUUUUUAUCAUUGGAUUUUUUAACGCUAUUUCUGGUGCAAUAAAAGGGAACGACUAUCAGCGUUAUCACCAACAGAUUUCUGGAGAUCGUUUCUCAAAGGAUUUCUAUCGUCAAGAUACGAAAAAUAAUUUAUUAAAUGCUUAUGUGCGUUUUAAACUCGUCACAGAUUGCAUAUUCGUCACAUCAGAACCAGGAUAUUUCUUAUAUACUUCAAAGAAUGACAAUGAGGAGGUCUGUGGAAUUUAUUUUUUAGCUGGACCGGAUCAGAAAAUAGAAAUCAACUUCAUCACUUUUGAUAUACCCUGUGAACAUCGUGGAUUAGUUUCGAUCAUUGAUGGUUGGGAAUUAAACGGUGAAGUAUUCCCUAGUGAAAUGGAUCAUCAGUUACCACUUAAACAAAGAAGUAGCGAAUUUUGUGGUAAAAAUAUCGGUAUGAAAAGAAUUUUCACAAGUUCACAGAACAUUGCAGUUAUUCAAUACAGAAUUCCAAAAUCAGGAAAGGGAUUCUCGUUGCUCGCGAGAUUCUUGAAAAAUCCUAGACCCUGUAAUGUCUUAGCGACAAGCUUAACUGAGCCAUAUACGUUACGAAAUUAUGGACGACGCAUAAAUUGCACUUACGUCGCGCUCUAUCCGGGUUCUGUGCAAGUAAUCGCAUUGGGCGUUGGAGUUUCAAAUUUUCUCGGUUCCACUCGCACUACUGAGACUGGAACUAUACGAAAAUGUGAUGAAUCUAGUCCGCAUGAUCAAGUAAUAAUUGGAGGCAGCUAUGGAUUAGAUACUUCUAAAGUUCAGAUAAUUGAUUCUAUUUGUGGAAUAGACUCUAAACCAGAUUAUCGUGAAUUGACGGAAUAUAGCGUUACUUCUGUUCGUUUAAUAUCAAGUGGUUUUUUCGAUAAUUUUGUAACAGUACAAAUUCAACCUCUCAAGAACGAAUUAUUCAAUGCAAAUAUUGGUAUUUAAUUAUUAACAUUAAAAGAAAAAUCUAUGAUUCGAAGUGAUUCGAAUUUUAUUGUAAUUAUAUUUAUUAUCGAAUCAAACUGAUCAAGAUCUCUCAAAAAUUCUAGAUGUCUUUCAUAAAUUUAUCGAAAAAUCGUCACAAAUCUCUUGAUUAUACAUUUUAUUUAUGUAAACUUUUAGAGAAAUAUUUAUAUGUAAAUAUUUUUUUUUUUACUACAAUUUAACUAGAUUAAAUAUUUGUGUGAAUGGAUUUAUUUUAAUUGUGUGAUAUUAAUUUUUUUCUUAAAUUAAAAAGAAAAGUGUUUUAUUUUUUAUUUUUUAGAUACUUUAAUCCGAAAUAAUUCGUAAUUUGAUCAUGAUUUUAUGCAAUUUGUGAUAAAUAGAUUUAAAUAUAUAUUACUGAAUAUGUACAUCAUUCUUAGCGAUUUAAACAUAUUAAAGAAAGGCCUUAAGUUUUUAUUCAUUUAGAAUUGUACAAAUAGAUUGGUUGAAACGUGCCAAUUGUUUUUAACAAAUCAAUAGAAUAAACGUUAAUCUCAGACUCUAUUUAUUUAUUAUCAAAUUUUAGCGAUAAUAUUGUUUUUUUUACUGGUUUUUAAUGAUACAGUUUUUUAUUGUUAUAAUGAUGCGUUGUUUGUUUAAAUAAAAUAUUUAAUUUGAAACAUUA